AUGGAUGACGAAGACAAGGAGGAGAGAGAUCGAAUCUUCGGCAAAUUUGAUGCUAAUGGAGACGGUAAAAUCUCUUCAUCCGAGCUUGGAGAAGCCUUGAAGACGCUCGGCUCUGUGACACCUGAAGAGGUCCAAACUAUGAUGGACGAACUUGAUACCGAUGGAGAUGGGUUCAUUUCUUAUGAAGAGUUUACAAAUUUUUAUAACGACAAUAGGGGCUUAAUGAAGGAUCUUGGCAAAAUCUUCUAA